GGGCGGAGCUAACGGGGGGACAGGUGUAUAAAGUCAACAGCCUGUGGCUUCUUAGUUACAUCAAGACCUGAAACCAGAGAGUAACACUCAAGCACUAGGGAAACAGCAGAACACCAGCACCAUGGUGAAGGGAUUGAUGUCAAUUUUUUUAGUCCUUGUGGCUGUCUCCUACAGCUUUGCCAAAUUUGACAAACCCGUCAAAAAGGAAAAGAGGCCUCCACAGACUCUCUCCAGAGGCUGGGGUGAUGACCUUGUUUGGACUCAAACAUAUGAAGAAGCUCUGUACAGAUCCAGAACAACCAACAAGCCACUUAUGGUUAUCCACCAUUUGGAAGACUGCCCACACAGCCAAGCUCUGAAGAAAGUUUUUGCAAGUAACAAACAAAUCCAGAAAAUGGCUGAUGAAGACUUCAUUUUGUUAAACCUUGUGUUUGAAACAACAGACAAGAACCUUGCCCCUGAUGGUCAGUAUGUUCCCAGAUUCAUUUUUGUAGAUCCAACUCUUACUGUGAGAGCUGACAUUACUGGGCGCUACGGAAACCGUCUCUACGCUUAUGAGCCAGCAGAUAUUGACCUGCUGAUCAGCAAUAUGGAGAAGGCAAAGAAGCUGCUGAAGUCAGAGUUAUAAGAGAGAUGAUACCUGGCUAACCUCUAAGAGGUCACACAACUUCCCAGGAUUUCAAGGCCGUGAAUGAACACUGGACAAGCUGUUUACCAGUUGAGCACUGAUGUUUCAGUUUCAGAUGAAUUAGUGACGUAAUUUGGUUUUCAUUAGGGUGUGGUUGUUGCAAUAAAAAUAUGUUGUUUACCUUUUUAAUAAAGCAAGCUGUUUCCAGCCA